AUGAAUAUUGCUGAUAGCAUAGAGUUAGCACCCCAUACUCUCCGCCGUUGCUUUGCCACCCAUCAAGCUAUUUCCGGAAUGCCUUUACCAAUAUUGCAGAAAGUAUUAGGGCAUAGUAAAGUUAGCACAACCGCCCUUUAUAUCCGAGAUGGAGAAUUAACCUUAAUAACUGGUAAAAAACAACUAACUGAACGAAUAUCUAAAAAAACCAAAACUCCCCAAAAUCAAGUAACCAAAAUAAUUGAGAGUUUAUUGGAAGAAACCCAAAAAGCCUUAGUCAAAGGUGAAGAAAUUCGCUUUUUAGGCUAUUACUCCUUUAAAACUACGAUUACUAAACCCAGAAUAGCCAUGAACUUGCAAACUAAGAAAAAAAUGAAAGUUCCCGCUAAAAGAGUGCCAAAAUGUAAAUUCGCAACUGAAUUAACUGAUAGAAAUGGUAAUCACUACUUAAUCUUAGAGUUAGACAAUCGGGACAGUCAAGAACUAAACUUCACGGUCGAAGAAGCAACUAAAUUAAAGAAUUUAAAUAUUGAGCCGUUAUCAGUAGCUAAAUAUUUUUAUGAAAAAGUUUUUUAUGCUAUGGAUAAUUACUUCGAAAAAAAUGAGACUUACCAAGGAUUAUUUGACAAAGUAAAAGAUAUUGAUAAUGAAGUAGUUAUUAAUCACUUAGAUAACAUUCAUAAACAAUACAAGCGUUAUGAAGUUAAAAAAAAUGAACUAGACUUUUACGAAAAAGUUAAAGAUAAAGCCUGA